AUGAAGGUCGUAAUAGAUUUACUAUCAGAAUUCAUCGGCACAUUCACGGGCUUUUGCAUCGUGGUUCUGGUUUUGUGUCUGUAUGGCUCUUACAUACGUAAGAUGUGUUGUCCAUGUUGUCAACAGAGCGAACCUAGUAGUAGUGUUUAA